UAUACUAGUCACCGCCUGCUGCGUAUCUAUUGAUUUCAGAACUAACUGAGCAAAAGUUCGGAGAGGGGGCGAAGAAAAAACCAAAAGAGAAGGGUUUGGUGAGGAAGGCAGGAUAUGGACGAGGGUGACCGCUUCGGUACGACGAGAGUUGGGGCCAAGUGCGGGCGCUGGAACCCAACGGCAGAACAAGUCAAGGUGCUGACCGAUCUCUUCCGAUCAGGGCUCCGAACCCCGAGCACCGACCAGAUCCAGACCAUCUCCUCCCACCUCAGUUCCUUUGGCAAGAUCGAGAGCAAGAACGUCUUCUAUUGGUUCCAGAACCACAAGGCUCGCGAGCGCCAUCACAAGAAGCGCCGACGCGGUGGAGCUGGAAGCGGAGGAGGAGAAGACCGCCUCGUGCCGGUCCCUGAAAAGAGAGGAGCUACAACUAGAUGCCUCCCCAGCAAUGACGAUUCUACGAAGAGCGAACAGGAAGUGACGUGGGACGAGCGGCAGAGAGAAAUCGAGACGUUGGAGUUGUUCCCGUUGAAGUCUUACGACUUGGCAGCAGAGAAGCGGCGGUCGAUGAGAAACGAGUGCAAAGAAACAGCUUUCCCGGAUGCUGGAAUGGAUCCACCGCUGGAUCUGCGUCUGAGCUUUUUGUAGAUGGGCUUGCAAUAAAUUCAAUUCCCUUGCUAUUCUGUUUCCACCCAGAGAGAGGGAAAGACCUGAUGCACCCGUAGAAAGCUCAACAAGAGCGGAGAAAACAGCGAUGCCAUAAUUUAAGAACACGAGUGGGAGGGAACUGCUGCAGUACCGCAUCUCCAUUGAUAAUAAUAUUUCUUCUGUUCGUUUUA